AUGAAGAGUGCUACAAUUAGCAAUUUGCCCUGUAAUGUCUUGGAUAAAAUUCUUGGGAGCUUGCCUUUGAAAGAUGCAGUGAAGACCAGUAUCUUGUCAAAAGAUUGGAGGUACAAAUGGGUAACGCGUGCAGAACUUGAUUUUUGUAGUGAGUUUUUCACAUCUUUCAACAACAACCAAGAAGCUAAGAAAAUCAUUUACCAAGUCCUACGACUGCAUCAAGGACCAAUACUAAAGUUUACUCUCCAACAUCCUAAUUUGAUAUGUUAUCGUGAUAUUUAUAAUUGGAUGCUCUUCUUGUCAAAGAAAAAUGUCCAGGAACUCACCCUUCAAAUAUUCACAGGCAACAAAUAUCAUUUACCUUCUUAUCUUUUCACAUUUCAGCAACUAAGACAUCUGGACCUUGAUAUGUGCUUCUUCCACCCUCCACCUGAUUUCAAAGGGUUUGCAAAGUUUAUUAGUAUUAAUCUUCAACAUGUCAUUUUUGAUCCAACAAUAUUUAAGAAUCUCAUAACCAAAUGCCCAUUGCUUGAAAGUUUGAUGUUGACUAGGUGCACCGCAUUUGAUGUUCUUGAAAUUGAUGCCCCUAAUCUCAAAUGCUUCGACUUUCUUGGAACAUCGAAGCUCAUUUGCUUCAAGAAUGUCCCUAUGCUUAAAACCAUUGCUGUAUGUCUCAAUCGGAUUUUGAUGGAUACGUCAACUUUUUGUUCUAAUCUUACAAAGUUCUUCCAUUUCAUGCCUUCCCUGGAGGAACUAGAACUAGGCGGUUCAUCAUUAGAGUACUUGAACAUGGGAGGUAUACCAGAGAAUCCCCCGGCUGCUCUAAACAAUGUCAAAUCCCUAUGUAUUUCGGACAUGUCUUUCAGAAAUGUUGAGGAGGUUUCUAGUGCAGUUUACUUGAUUACAAGCUGCCCUAAAUUACAAGAACUUACAAUUGAAUGUGUAAGCACCCUCCUACUUUCUCAUAAAACUUAUUGAUAUGGUUUCUUCAUCUGAAUCCGCCUAGCUGUUACCAAAUUUUUUACAGGAAGCAGUAGGCAUUGUGGUGCUAUGAAGCUGGUUAAAAGUGUGGAAAUGCGUUAUUUUAUUGGUUUUGAGAUGGAAAUAGAAUUUGUGAAGUUUAUAUUGGCAUCUGCACCGGUACUUAAGGAAAUCUUCAUUUGGAGUAGUGGGCAGUUUCAUCGGGGUACACAGAUGAUGGAUGAGAUAAAACAAUUCCAUCGAGAAUCACCCAACGUUAGAUUCAAAUUCGAAGAAAUGUGA